AUGUUCCACAAAAAUAGAAUAGAGGCGCACUAUAGGCGCAUAGCAGCCAAAAAGAAAUUCGCGCCAACUGGCGGUGGAAGAGAGAAGGACUACCCAAACGAUGAAGACGAUCCAGACCUCCUUGUACCGGCGAUCCCAGAAGACACACCUCACAUACCGUAUGAGCCCUUGAAGAGAUCCGAUGAGGAAGUCCUACAACGCUCACGGGAGUAUUACGAAUUAAUGGCGAAGAGACGGACUGUAAGGAGGUUUAGUACAGAACCAAUACCCCAAGAGGUUCUGGAUAAUAUCAUUAAAACUGCUGGUACUUCCCCAUCAGGGGCACACACUGAACCCUGGACUUUCGUAGUUGUCCAAGAUCAAGAAACAAAAACGGCAAUAAGGAACAUCGUAGAAGAAGAGGAAGAGUUGAACUACUCCAAGAGAAUGUCGAGACAGUGGGUUACAGACUUAAAACCGUUUGCAACCAAACCAACAAAGCCAUAUUUAACUGACGCACCAGCUCUUAUCUUGAUCUUCCGACAAACACACUCCUGGAGGCAAGACGGGAGAAAGAAGAUGCAUUAUUACAGUGAAAUCAGUGUGGCGAUUGCCGCUGGUAUCCUGUUGGCUGCUAUCCAGUAUUGUGGUCUAGUAGCACUAACUUCUACGCCACUAAACUGCAACUCGCGACUACGUGAUCUCCUAUCAAGACCCGGGAACGAACGGCUGGAACUCCUAUUCCCAGUUGGCAGACCGCACAGCGAAGCUACAGUUCCGGAUGUACAAAGAAAACCCCUGGAAGAAAUCAUAGUUAGAGUCUGA